AGAUCGUCUUAUGUAUUUACUAUCCCUGUCUAGCACAUAUUUCCAGACCCUGUCUUGUACAGGAAACAGGGAUUUAAGCAAAUGCUUAAGGCGAUCUUAAACAGAUAGCAUAAGAAUCGAGUUGAGUUGGGGUUCCACCGUAGCAUACACACAUUAGCUACGGCAGUUACGAUCUCUUAAAAGAAAUUCUUAGAAUAUUUCCUAAAAAUUUAUUUCCUGUCCAACGCGACUGAAUUUUUCCAGCAUUAAAUUAAAACAAUCUUAAAAUAUAUGGAACAUCAAUUUGUCUUGCAUUCUCAAAUUCUCACUAUUCCCAUGUUUAAAGAAGGCCCUCCAAGCCCGCCGGAAACAUUUACAGUUACAGUCACAUUAUCUUAACCUAAAGAUAACGUAACAGCAUAUGUGUUUAUGUAUGUAUACGUCUACUACUGACGUUACCGUAUGUACACAGAUUUUCACGGAUUUUAGGUUAUCUUCCUUGAUUUUAAUUGAUAUCUUUGUCGCGAAUGUCGACGAACGAAGUGAUCGCUGGCUUUUUUCGGCUGCCGAGGGAACGUUCCUACAUCCUUCGAUUUUUAUCCGCUGGUUGGUAACGUAACGGCGGUAUGUACGUGAUGGGGUCGAGUUGAACCGCGAGAAAUUCGUGGUGAACACGAAUUGGAAAUGGACGAAGAUAAUUCAGAAUCGACGCCUUCUCAAGAACGAGAACAAUGUACGAACAACGUCCAAACGUCUUUCGAUGCGAAUGUAAACGUUUCGCAUGCGGAAGUUACCGAUGUCUCGAGCCGAUGCGAACUUCGAGUUCUGAACGUAAAGAGCGGAAACAGGAUGCAUGAUGUUCCAGAAGAACUCGCACGAGACCACGAUGACAUUAAUCAGGUCGAAGGUCCGGAUUCGGUGUUAUUCUUAUUAUCGGUAAAGAAUGACAAUGAAAGGAAGUGCAAGGAAUUUAUGGAUAAAAACAGUAUUCCCGCGUCUAUGAAAGGAUCCCGUUCUUUCAGUAAUUUUUCGGAACUUGAAAUGACCACGACGAUAGAAGAUGUUCUUUCGGGUAAAGGCGAUCGACCCCUCGAAGAAUCGUCGUCCUACGACGAUGUUCGAUUACAGCCAUUGGAUUCGUCCGAGUUGUCGUACGCAUCUUCGGAUAUAAUUUCUGAUUAUGACAUGGAACGUACCAUGCCGCAGCCACGUAAAUUAGAAAUGGAAUCGAAGAACGUCGAGGUGUGUAAUGAUGACGAGAAAGAAAUAGUUUUUAGUACGAAAUUUUACGCGAACAAAAAGGAAAUGGAAUGCUUGGAAAAAACCGACGUUGACGAUGACGACGGGCGGCGUGUAAAUGACUAUGAGAUUGAAAAGUGCAGCAUGGAGAGUACAGAGAACGUGGGUCCAAUGCGAACUGCCUUGAAGGACGUGAUCGAGAACGACGAAAAGUUGUUGUUCGACAGCGAAGGAAGUAAAGUCCGAUCUGAUGAGACUGGCGGAAGUGGCCAGUCGCGGAGCGUCGCGAUUUCCCGGCCGAAUUUGAUAGACGACAGUAGAUUGGUGAAAAUUUCACUGCCAACGAAUCCGAUCGGCAUGAUGCGAUCGAAUGCUCCGUUUCUGAACAAGAGUCGCAACUUUUUGAACUUUAUUACCGAGAAAUCUACAAAUAUCAUGGAAAAGGCAUUGUUACCGCAACAUUUGACGUUGAAGUAUUAUAAUUCCGUGAUCAAGACCGUCGAUGACGAUGAUCGGAACAGGGUGGACGGUCGGAAGAAGAGGGAAUAUAACGGAGAAUCUUCCGACAUGAAUGCGAAACCGGUCCUGCUCGACGGCAGAACUGAAUCUCCGACGAGAACGCCGACGAACGCGGAGACUGUUUGCGCGACGGUACCACGAAACGAAGGUGACGAACGUGAAACAGUGACUGGUACAGUGGUGAAUUCGAAUGAAGCCGCGUGCACGAAUAUCGAAAAGGACCGUGUAUCGGAUGAAAAUAAAGAAAACGAUUCUAAUGAAUCGGGCGAUCUACCGGGAUUCGCGUUCGAUCGUCCUACGAGCGAUAUCCCUGAUGGAACGAAUCGUUCGUACGAUGAAGAUCGUGAACAGGAAACGAACGAGGAUCAUGGCAGCAGGGACGUCGACUCUGUUCAAUUCGAUUUCAAUGGUCAAAUCAUCGCGGAUCGAUCGACGACUGAACACCGUGGAUCACCGCGGCAGGAGAGAAAUGGAAGCGUCGUGGACGAUUCGGAACACCAAUGGAAACACGAAUCGUUGCAGCAUCCCGCUUAUCUGUCUUUGUUGAGAAAUUAUGCGGAUUUAAAGACCGAGUACUUGAAAUUACGGGAAAGAAUCGAAAGUUCGGGAGAGGGACGCAUUAGAAUGAUCGAUAAGAAGACAGAUGAUGGGAACGACGUGGAAGCGGCGUUCGUCGCGCGGAUCGCGAAGCUGGAGAAGACGAUCGACGAGCUUACCUUCGAUUUACGUUCGUCGUUGGAAGCGCAAGAAAUGUUGAAGAAGGAGUAUCACGCCGCGAACAAAGAGAGAGAGAAUAUGGUGAUGAGAUACGCCGUUAGUGAGGAACAGCUUAUUGAUACCCGAAGGGCGAAAGAAAACGCGGAACGGAAACUGAAGGAAAUGAUGUCGCAACAGGAAGGACUUCGAUGUAAAUUACGGGAAAUGCAAGCGGAACGCGGUAGAAUGUGCAACGUUCUCACCGGUAAACAUCGCGAGUUAACGGAUCUGCAGAAAGAAGUUGAAAAAUUGAGGGAGGACGUGAAGAUGAGAGACGUCAAAUUGCACUGGACUCAGAACAAACUGAGAACGGAAAUGGAUGCCCAGAAGGAGACUCGACAGAGAUUGGAGAGAGCGACGGCCAGGAUCGACGAGAUGAAGGAGGAAUGCGAACAGGUGCGCAGAGAGACGCAAGAGACGAUGCGUAGAUUUCAGCAAUCCGAAGAAAACAAAGCGGUGACGUUGGAUCAGCAAUUGAAGGAGCAACAGGCACGGUUGAUUUUGGAGAGGCACGUGACCGAGGACAAGGAGAUGUUGAGGGUUCAGUUGCAGAAAGAGGUGGAUACGUUGAAGCACAGGCAACAACUCUUGGUCGAAGAAAAUAACACGCUCAGUUUAAAGAUACAGGAUGCUGAGAAGAGUCGCGCGUAUUACGAGAGUAGUCUGAGCGAUCUAAAAAUUGUAGCGGAACGGCGUCAAAAGGAGAUCGUCGAGUUGCUCGGUAAAGUAUCCGAGCUCGAAACGCUGAGAGUUCAGCUUCGAAGCAAAGAUCAAUGUCUAGCAUCGACCGAGGCUGAGGUUCAACGCUUACAAGCGAGCAACGAGGAAUUACAGGCCGAUAUGUCCGCGUGUCGUGAAAAGGAAGCGGAAAUGUUGAACUUUACGCAGAAAUUGACAGAGAAAAAUGUACGGCUCCAGUCCGAGUUCACAGCCAUGGAAGCCAGAGGGAAACGGUUGGAGCGAGAGCACGGACCAUUACACGAACGUAUAAAUCAGCUCGUUGUGAAAGUGAACGGCUUGGAAGAGCGUGUCGCCGAAGAACGGAAGAGAAGAACGGAGGAGUGCGAAGUUUUGGCCAGGCAUCUUGCCGAGCGAACCGAAGCCGCCGAACAACUGACCCGACAGUUGGAGGAUUGUCAAGGGGAAAAUGCUGUGUUGAAGAGAAAACAGCGAAUAAGUAUGAAAGAAAUGACCCGUGAGUUGCAACAAUGUCGAAAAAGAUUGGAGACGUUCGAAACGACAUCAUCGUCUUAUAAUAAUUCGUCGUUGGGUGUCGCAUCCAGAACCGGAUCGAACGCUUCGCUGAAUACGGGAGAUACUUUGAACGGUGCUUCCUUGUCCGAUAACAGUAUUGAUGGUGACCACGGCGGUGGCAGUUCAAAUCGACCACCCACGGAACCUACCAAGCAAGCGUUGAUAGAUCGUAUUAUAAAAUUACAGGAGAGUAACGCUAGAAAAGCCGAGAAACUAGAUUUCUUCGAGGAACAUACUCGGAUCUUGGUUGAGGAAUUACAGAAAAAGAAAAGAAUAAUACAGAAUUAUAUUUUGCACGAGGAUAUCGGUGCCAUGGGUGGGAAUGACAGAGAUAAAUACAAGCAUAUCAAAAGCAGGAGAAACGCGGCUGAAUUGGCAAGACACGGAGGUAUAAUGGCCUCGGUCUACAAUCAACGAGUCUCCGACGAGAAUAUGACUCUGGAAUUAUCGUUGGAGAUCAAUCAAAAACUUCAAGCAGUGCUCGAAGACGCGUUGUUUAAGAAUAUUACUUUGAAGGAUAACAUCGAUACCUUGGGUGAAGAGAUAGCGAGGCUGACGAUGCAGAACCAACAACGAAGGCAGAGUAAGAACUGAAACGAAAAACUAACCGCGAAGCUGAAGAUACCUGUACUUACGUCCUUAUCGUCGUGAUGUGGAACGAUUGGACCGACGAUCGAGACGACGUGUAGGACGAGUGAACGAUUGGAAAAACAACCUUGUCGUGUCUAGUCAAAUUUGUUUAUUGAAAUUGAACUUUUAUUUGAAUUUACGGGAUAGCUCGAUAAUACUAUUAUUCGUCGUUGUACUCUUUCAUUAUCAUAGUACUUACGAAGUUUACGAGGCAAUUUCGCUAUUCUUUUUAAUAUUCGUCGGAACAUUUCGUAUUCCGUUUUAGAAUUUUUUUACGCGAUAUUGUAAAUGUUGAUGGUGCGACGACCGUCGUCGAGUUGAAUGUACAUGUAUGUAUACAGUAUAUUGUACUGUACUGUGCUGUACGGUGCUAAUUUAGUAAGUAUUAACUAUGUAACUGUAAGUAUGUACUUACCGAAAUAUAAGUUUAAGCGAUUCAUCUAACGUCUGUUCUAUCAUAUGAAAACUGUAAGCCCUCUGUGCAGGAGAAAAUUAUAAGGUAUUGUAUAGAAUAA